AUGAAGAAAUUCAUGACUACGAAAAUGUCCGCUGCCGCCCCAGUAGGCACACCGUCACAGUCGCCAGCGUCAAUGUUUUCCUUUGAUGCCAUGUUGCUGCAGCAAGCAGAGGAUCGCAAUGGAAGUUCCACGUCACCGGGCACACCGAAACGCAACGAGGACGAGGACGAUGACAACGGCAGUAUGCCAAGCGUCCGAUUGCCACCACCAACACCAACCGCCCUCCUAUCGGUGGCGACUGCGUUGAGUGCAAUCGAUACCAAAGACCCUACUAGACCUGUGAAAGGAUCAUCUUCCUCCCCGGGGAGUCGGGCAGUAACCGCCCCCGAUGCACUAACUUCCUCCACCACAUCGUCCGGUGUGGUAAAGAUGUGUGGAUAUUUAAAAAAGAAAAGAAAUAAAAUGGGUGGAUGGCGAAAGCUGUUCUUCAUACUCCAGAACCAACUACUGCUGUCGUACUCGUCGCGUGAUGACUACGAAAAGAAGCUCGCACCGUUUAAGGACAUCAUCAAUCUGGUACCGGGCACAGUCAUUAUCCCAACCACAGGACCGCGUUUCACCAUCGAAACGAACUCGAAACUGAUGUAUACAUUCCGCUGCGACGAUCAUCGAAGUUGUUCCGAAUGGAUAAUGGCACUGCUAGAUAGUUUGACCGUGGCAAACGGAGGCAUAAGUGUGAAUCGUAACUUCAGCUUGCAUAAUAGCUUCCAGCGCGCCACGUUACCACUAUCAUCGUUUUCGUUGCCAUCGAACUGCAAACCGUUCGCCGGUAUCGUUGGCCGGCCGCACGGACACCCGGCCCUAGCGCCAAAGAAGCGGGCACCUCAGCCACCGAAUCGCCCCGGACCGCCAAAGCCACCGCGCAGCUUCAGCGCGGAAGCUUCCGACCGGUAUCGGGUGUGCGGGAUGAUGUCUGCCCGGGAGAUGAAUGACAAGGAUGAUCUCAACAAUAAUGUACUGAAGGUGGUACGCCUGAGUGGUAGUAUCGCGCAGGAAGACAAGUUACUGGCUAGCGAAAGCCUCUCGAACUUGUGGGAUAGUGAUGCCAAGUUGUCCAGUACUGGAGAAAACGAUGAUACUAGACGGACGGAGACUGCCGUCGUUUCGCUGGAAGCACGACCGACGACUGACGCCGCCGGAGCAAGAGACACCAAUCCAGACCAAUCGACGAGGGGACGCACGAUACUGCUAGAUCAACUAGAAGACCGCGUCAAGAGUGCAGUUGACGAUGGUGGAGAAGCAAACCACCGGACGAAGAAGUGGGAGGAAAAGGCGGAACGGCACGAGCGACCGAGGCAGCAGAUAUUUCGACUGCAUCAGGAUGUUGUUUGGAGCAAAUCGCACCACCAGUCGAUGGAUGUGUGCCGCAUCAACAGCAUGUUUAACGAGCGUCCACCAUCGCUGAAGGCAGCAGCGAGCAUACCGCCGCCUGUGACUGUGGCUGAAUGCAUGAUCAAAUCUACUGCAAGUUUAUCCUCCGCCAGCAGCAGCGUCGUCGUGGAUAAAGCGCCCUCUUGCAGCUCACAUGUGUACGAAGAGGUUGGAGUCCCGGUUGUGUUGAUGGAACCCGAACCCAUUUACGCGGUGGUGGAUGUGCGUGCCAAACGAUCGAGACGACUAGCCCGCACACUGGACCCCGGCUCCGACGAGCCAGACGGUCGUGGCAACGGUGGCCGGAAGGUGUCCGUAUCCUUGCCGCAGAUUUCCGACGGAGUCGAGCUAGUCACCGCGACGGAACGCCGACCGGUGGCAGCACGGAGCUGCAGCAACUACGACGACUACGAGGAUGUCAACUAUCUUUUCGAAACACGACGAUCGGUGGCGGGCGGUACGGAGACAGACAGUGUGGACACCCACGACUCGCAGGAGCGACUGCCAACAUAUCGUCACGAACCGUACGGUGGUGUGGAUGAGCACAUCUACGAGCCGAUACAAGUGUCCGAUCGGAUACCGUCCGUAACGACUGGUUCCUCCUCAUCGCUGCCCGCUCCAACCGAACAUCAUCACCAACACAGCCACGGACUCUGGCGACAGUUGAAGCGUAUGCAGCUGCAAGGAUCCUGGCGUCGCUUAACGUUGCGAAACGCCGGUACAGACCGCACCACAGCAAACCCACCAAAACAACCAUCAACCGAACCACCCGCUUCAAACACCCGCUCGGCAACGGUAACUGCCCUCGAGGGGUUAGGUCGUCGGUUUGAAAGCCAUCGGCGGUCGAUCAAAAAGCGCAUCAAGAACUUGUGCGAACGGAUCGAGCCAGUAACGACGGCGACGUCAAGCAGCGGUCAGCCGCAAAAUGUUGCUCAGGAACCGUCGUCGGUGGAAACGCCGGAACCGUCUACCGGUGUGCAGUCACGCAAAUCCGUAUCGCUUGACAGCUUCCUGCUAGCGAAGGGCCAGGGCCGGUCUGUUUCCAAAUACUAG